AUGGAAGAUAGCGAAAGCAUAUCUGAUUUCUUCACUAGGAUUAUGAAACUAGUGAAUCAAAUUAAAACUUAUGGAGAGACGUUAACAACAAUAGUAUUUGUUUUGAAGAUCUUGAGAUCUUUGGCUCAAAAGUUCGAACAUGUGGUAGUUGCCAUAGAAGAAUCGAAGGACAUGUCAACUCUGUCGAAUGAAGAGUUUCAAGGGACGCUUGAAUCUUAUGAACAAAGAAUGGAUGAAAGAGCUGCAGGCAAGUUGAAGAGUGAUAUGACUCUACAUGCUCAAUUAGAUAAAGAUAAGAAAGGCAAAGAAAAGUGGUUCGACAACAAAGGUAGAGGUGGCUAG